UGGCAGGGAUUGAUUGGCAUCGAGUUUGGAUUGGUAAAUUUCGAGCGGGUUCGAUAUCGACGCUGCUGCUCCUUCGGCUCUUGCUCAACGCCAAAGCUCCCAACCGCGACCGCGCCCAGAUUUCGAAAGGCACCCAGUCAAUCAUAGAACCCCACCUCGCCACCUUCCCUUUCUCGAUCCCCAUGGUUGCGCGACCAAAGCACUGGCGAUGAGAGAGCCGCGCGCCGUGUGCCUGCUCUGUCGCUCCAUCGCCGCUGGGAGACGGCCUUUGCUCGUCCCCUGGCCCCGCGCGAGAGCGACUGCGGCGACUGCCUUGAUCUCGUCAGUUGCCAGCGGCGAAUCAACGACCCCGGUGGCCGCAGAUAAAAAUGACGGCGCAAGAACAAGCCGCUCGCUGCCGCUACCGGGUGCCUCAACAGCGGCCCCAGGCCGACCUUCCUCCGACCGGUCUACCGCCUCCUUAGCCAUAUUCGAGAGCGUUGUUCGGGGGAAAAGUAACCAACCCGACGGGCCGUCAGGGGUUGCAACCGAUCUCGGCCUAAGAACCUUUGACGAACUGGUCGAAAUGAGCCAUGCCCUCAACAUGCCCGAUGUCCCCCUCGCCCACCAAUAUCGCCAAUUCAGGAACUCCAUAUACCCGCGCCUCUGCGACUCUGGUGCCAUGCCGGAGCUUUUCAAGGCCCAAAUCAACCACCUGCUACAAAUGGUCUCUACGGCCGUAGCACAGGACCCUUCGGACCGCGAACUUCCAUCACUCACCGAAUACACGCAGGUGGCGCGGAAGCUGAAGAUGCUGAGCUUGAAACACUGGAUCAUUGCCGUCCGUGGUGUGCUCGUGUUUGUAUGCUCCAUCGACCCGAAUCGCUGCGACACGCUCGAGGGUUACGAGUUAGCCCUUGGGAGGCGGAACUUCGCGCUCGAGUCUCUGGUCGAUUCAUGGAAGCUAUUCUCACUCCCUGAGGAGCUUCUUGCUCCGCUGCCCCAUCUGGGGGAUGUCGAUAAGGUCAAGUUUGCUGUGCCGGCCCUCUCACAUAAAGCCCUUUCGAACAACGAGCCCAGGGAAGCGCUACGUUUGGCACUCAGCGACCUUUUUCCCGUCCUGUCUCCCGCAGAAAUCGCUCCGGCUAUUCCCCUCUUAAUAGCCACAUUUACUGUCAUCAAUGACAUGACAAUUUGCCCCUUCAACAUCCGCGCAGCGGCGACCCCGCUGCUCGCACCCAUUGGCAGCAUAUUGGCGCGCGUCACUGCCAGACUAGUAUCUAAGGACGGAGAAAAAGCGAUGCUAAAAAACCUCACCGACAUCCCUGACGAGUUGGCCGAUUACCUGAUCCGGCGAUGGCCUACAGUCAUCGAUCAGCUCACCGGGACACCCAAGUCAAGAUACGGACCUGAGGGGGACACCUGGUUCAACAAAGUGGACCUCUCCGGCGCAAACAGGAAACCGGUGCCGAUCAUAAACCGUGAGCUACAGAAUGCCCAUCGCAUGAAGGAUGUGGCCGCCAUCGAGGCCAUCUGGUACGAUUUCUGGGGUGAAAAGGCGCAGCCAAACAAGGAAGCAUGUUCAUUUCUCAAGGAGAAUGCACCAAUCUUCCAUCAAUUCAUCAUGAUGUACACUGCCCAAGGCCUCCCGCAACGCUCUGUCCAGGUUUGGAACGCCAUGACAUCGAUCGGCAUCAAACCCGACGUCAGGGCAUUUACGGCCAUGAUGGACGGCUUCAAGCGCGCUCGUAACUUGAGGGGGGUGCAGAACACGUGGAACAAGCUGGUGGCCACGGGCCACCAGCUGGAUGUGCGUGCUUGGACCGCUCGCGUCGACGGCCUGACCCACUGUGGAAAACCCGAAGACGGCCUGCGGGCGCUGGAGGAGAUGGCGGUGCGCUCGAAGGCCGCCGAGGCCGGCCGCAAGAACAACGCGGCACAUAUGGCCGUCAAGCCGUCCAUCGAGCCCGUCAAUGCGGCCCUGGCCGGUCUACUUCGGCUCGACGGUAUAGCCGCGGCCAAGAAGCUGCUAGUGUGGGCGCAAAGACACGACAUCACACCCAACGUCGCCACAUACAACACGCUGCUGCAGACGCUGAUCCGCGAGGGGCCAGAGGGCGCGGAGGCCGUGUUAAAAAUGAUGGGAGAGCAGGGCGUACAGCCAGAUGACGUGACGGUCACCAUUGUCCUCGAGACCCUAGUCCCCACUAUCUUCGGCAAGGAGGGGGAUGAAGAGAAGAUGAAAGUGGUUCAGUCAAUUUUCAAACUCAUUGACAAGUUCAGCACAGCCAAGAACCAAUACGCGUACAACAAACUGCUGUUUCUAAUUCUGAAGUCGGGGGGCAGAAACGCGGAUCAGGUGGUCAGCCAUAUCGCCAAGCACAUCCUCGCCCUGACACAAAAACCAAACGCUUUCGCAUACACCAUCUUGGCCCAGCACUAUCUCUCACGAGACCCGCCCGACGUAGACCGUGUCCGGUCGCUGAUCGAUAACCACCGGCUGUUCAACAAUCCAGCCAUUGACCACAUCUUCUGGGAGCGUGUCAUGAACGGCUACCUGGGCGUGGACGACGUGGACGGCGCGCUCGGUGUGCUGUCCAACAUGCGCACCACGACAUCCUUCACAUUGACGGUCCUUGAGAGACUUUUGAUAGCACUCGUAAGGGAGCGCCGCGUGCCAGAGGCAGACGCCCUGGUCAAACGGGUCAAGGGUGAGCGCCUGGCUCUUGCGGAAGACUCGGAACUGAAAGGGAGGUUCAUGAAUCACAGCUUCUUUGAAUUCGCCACCGAGUGCGGCCUGCAUGGCAGUGACCCCCGGUGAUCUGUCUUGAGACCCUUGUUUGCGAACGAGCUUGAUGUAAGCUAGCCAGAAUCGACAUGAAUUAGACGAGACUCGCUCCCUCAAGAUGCCCCUCGAUGGGCAGACGCAAACUGCGGUCGCUCCCAAAAUAGGUACUGCCU